CAUCCCCGUCGUGGUGCGCUAUGGCUGGAGGACCUUACUUAUCGCCGUUACCCGGCGAUCUUUUAUCGGAAUACAUGUUUGGUAGACGUAGACAGAGAAGAAACCGAACGACAUUUACGCCACAACAGCUACAAGAACUCGAAAGCCUUUUCCAGAAAACUCAUUAUCCGGACGUAUUUUUAAGAGAAGAAGUAGCUCUUCGAAUUAAUCUUUCUGAAGCUCGUGUACAGGUAUGGUUUCAAAAUCGCAGAGCUAAAUGGCGCAAACACGCACGGCUUCAAAUUAUUCAAGACGCGUGGAGAAUUCGUUGCAUGGGUUUGAACACACAAUCGCUUUUAUUGAGUCGACAAACAUCCGAGGGAACGACUCAAUUGGCAGACGAUAAAGAACCUCCACCAACGCCUCCUACCCAAUCGACUGUAGUAUCAUCACCUACCCAUGUACCGGGAAGUUACAGAAUGCUUCAAAAUUUUCAAGUAACAGAAAGACCGCCAAUAGUUGGACCGCCAACAAAAACAGUUACUACUAAAUUGUUCUGCCCGUAUUCUUCUACUGAAAAUGAAAUUUCGAAUAGACGUUCAGCUCAUCAAGACAGUAGGUCUGAUAUGAAUGGAAACCUAUCUUUAAUGGUAGGCUCUGUGGAUUUAACAUGCUCAAAAUCUCGGUCUACCAGUCCUGAAGAAGAAAAUGACAUAAAUGUAAAUGAUUAAAUAUAUUUUAAUCAGAAUAAAUAUUUCAGAAAAACAAAAUGCAAAUUACUUUUAAUUUAAG